CUUCUGAAAACAGGUAUGGCAGCCUCUUGCCGCUUUUCAAGCGCACAAAGACGGAGCCGUCGUAAAGACGCGAGAGAGGGAGGGGGAAAGAAAAAAGACCGCCUCCGAAGAAGAGGCGUCGUUCAAAGCGAGAGACCACUCGACCACUCCGUGCAAGGUGGAGGUACGCCAGAAAACAACAGGUCCCUGCUCCUGCCGCGAGGGUAGAGACACACACAAAAAAAACGACCGAUUGUUCCACCAGACCCGCAUCUCCCGUCUCUGAAAGAGACGCCGAAGAUAUCGACGAUGUCCGAGGAUCGUAUCCUGGUGCUGUCUUGACCGCUCCACAGGAUUCAUCUGUACCGUGGUUCGGCAGCAUUCCGGAGAGCAUUUUUGAGUGUCAACACGAUCAACCCUGCUCUCUCUUCCUGUUUUUCGUUGGUUUGGUGUUUUAUUAUUUUAUUUUUUGAAGUUUCUUCGCUCGCCUGAAGACCAAGCAUCGAAGAGUGUCGUGAAGGUGGAGGCCUGUGUGAAAGAUUGUGCUACCGGUGGAGCGGAGUGUCAGUCGUCAUGAAGUGCUUCGGGGAAAAACCGAAAACUUUUCACUGCAAAGUGGUUCUGUUGGACGACACCGAACUCAUCCAGGAGAUUCAGAACACGUCCCGGGGUCAGGACCUUCUGGAGGUUGUCCAUAAGCACCUGAACCUGCUGGAGACGGCCUACUUUGGGCUCCGCUUCGUGGAUAACCUGGGACAAACGCACUGGCUGGACCCGACCAAGAAGAUCUACAAGCAAAUGAAAGGGGUGAACACGUUCACAUUCUACUUCGGGGUGAAGUUCUACGCACCAGACCCUUGCAAGCUUCUCGAGGAGAUCACAAGGUACCAGUUUUUCCUUCAAGUCAAGCAAGAUAUCUACCAUGGUAGACUACCUGUGGCUUUCGACCUUGCUGCCGAGCUCUUUGCACUGGCCAUUCAGUCCGAACUCGGAGACUACGAGCCCCGGCGGCAUCAGCCCGGCUACGCAUCAGAGCUGCGCUUCCUCACGAACCAGACUCCCGAGCUGGAGGAAAAGGUGGCCGAUCUUCACAGGGGACUGAGGGGUCAAGUGCCGGCCACGGCAGAGAUGAACUUCUUGGACAAAGUCAAGUGGCUAGACAUGUAUGGCGUCGACCUGCAUCAAGUCAUUGGCGAAGACCACACCGAGUACUUCUUGGGGCUCACUCCGAGCGGUGUCAUGGUUUUGCGGAACAAGAGCAAAGUUGGAAACUAUUACUGGCCCCGCAUCACCAAAGUCUACCACAAGGGAUGCUACUUCAUGCUUCAAGUUCGUGGCAAAACGAACGACGACAGCACUUACGGGUUCGAGCUGCCGACAAAGCAGUCCUGCAAGCAUCUUUGGAAGUGCUGCGUCGAUCAUCACUCCUUCUUCAGGUUGACGCAGUCGUCCGAAAACCCCAUCGCCUCCAACAAGUUUUUCGGGUUGGGAGGCAAGCUCAGAGUGAGCACACGAAGACAACGUGGAAUUCCCGAAGGUUUCACGGUGCAGCCACGCCAACAGCCCGCAUUCACUCGGGUUCCGAGUAGACGGUACCAGAGGCGGCUAGGUCAACCCGAUGGUGCUGACGCCGGCACGCAGCUCAAGGAAGACGAGAAGCAGACGACGGACCACAGGGCGGGGAGCAACUCGGCACACCUGCCCCUCUUGUCGCCCUCGACACCAUCCAUGUACCGCAGCGUCUCCGUCCCGUCGGCACUUCCGGUGUCGACGCAGCAACAUCCCGUGUCGGCGCCUGUUCCACCGUGGGAAGAUCCAAAACAGAGGGGGUUGUACUCGAGCUCGACCAAUCCAUCUCCCCGAUCGAUGCGGAGCUCAGGGUCGAGACACUCCCACUGCCGGUCUUCGUCCAACGACGGAGGAGACUCCAAGAGACGACGACAUCGUAGUCGGAGAGGUUCCGACAAUGAGAGCGAGGUCUCAAAAUCAUCGCGGGGCUCGCGGACUUCCAAAUGCUCCAAAGGAAGCAGUGGUGGCUGCAGGCAUAGCUGUCACUCAAGGGACAGCGGGAGCGAGUCUGAUCACCACCACCACCACCGCCACAAACACCGUCAUCACCGCCGAAACAGGUCGUACGAGCUGGUGGACUCGGAGGCUCAGUGGAAGGAAGUCCAGAAACAGCAGCAGGAGAACACGUUCAAACGUCCGCAGAACGCGGUUGUUCGUGACCUGUCCAGUCGGAAGAGCGGAUAUGUCCAGUCCGGCAUGGAGACGGAGUCGGAGGCCUUGUACGCCCAUAGGAGAAAAAACAGAAGGCACCGUUCUCGCUCAAAGUCUCCCGACGUCAAGAGGACCAUUCCAGAAGAUGUGAAAAAGCACAUUGAGAGGUAUCACUUGGUAGACCCCGACGCACUAACAGAAGAAGAGAAAAAAGACAUCAAAUACACCAAAGUUGAGACAGACUCUAGGCUGUUCAAGAUCCGAUAUUCCCCGACGGCUGGUAGGCCCAACUACAGGAUGGCCAAGGUCUCUUCCAGCAAGACCACUAGAGACCAAAAGGGCAGCCAACACGACGAAGAAGACGGGCCCCCUCCUCCCUACACGACCGUUCACUCGUCCCCAGCGAGCCGCCCUUCGACCACGGGCGCAGCCUCCACGCCGCAGCAACUUUCCGAAGCCGCGGGAAGUGUCCUUUCCUACGAACCUUCCCCAAACCUGCCCAGAGAAAGAGACACCUUUCCCCGGCCCCUGAUGACACCGCCAUCUGCUAUCAACGCUCUGGCGUCGUCUGCUUCCAACGGCCUGGUGUCAUCCGCCACCAGGGGGCAGCUGUCGUCCGGUGAACCUGGGUUCAAGAGUCACGACUCUCGUGACCCUCGCAUCGAGUCGCAACUCUCGAGGCUCGCGUCAAGGGUUGCGACCCCGCCGUCUGCCUCUACCGAUGGCUCGGUUCCGUCGUCUGCUACCAACGGUUUCUCGUCGUCCGUGACGCACGGGUCGGCACUGUCUGCCUACCCGCCCAACGGAAAGUUGCCAGUCUUCACAUCGAGGGCAUCUUCAACAACGAACCUGCUGGCGCCAUCGACGACGGUGUCCGGCUGUAUGACCACCCUCGCAAACGGAGGCAUCUCUUACAAGUCCACGGCUGUCAGGCACACCGCACCUUUUUCCCUCAAUGAAACGUCUGAUCUGCCCGUGAAUGGAAAUUCACGUUUGGCAUUGACAGGCAUACACCAGACACCUUCCGGAGUACGGUAUGGCGGUUGUGGAGAGACUAAUGGCAUCCACGAGCUGUCGACACCAGCGACAAAUCCCGGACCACGCGUCAGCUUUCAGACCCCUGCCGUUGCAGGUUACUCUAAGGCAUACUCAUCGCCAUUUUCUUGGAGCCAAAGGCCAAACGUCGGAGACUGCAUUCCAAAAAGUCCGGCGAUGGCGGGCUGUCACGAAAUGAGCACGGAACUGUGACGUCUGGACCUCGCGUAAAAAUGUGAAAAAAGAAAGCGGCUCACCAAAACGACUUGGAUGGACAAAAUUUCAUCCCCACCGAAGCCGGAGUUUGUGCGUCCAUGAACCUUGAAACUCCGCGAAAAAAAGUUGGAUGUUCAAGACUAUGCGGAGAGCAAGUCUUCCGCUUCCAAAACACAGACACGGCCUUCUGACGCCACCAUGACCCCCGCAAAAAAAGCAGACGAACUUGCACUCCGCAUGGCCACCGACAAGACGAGAAUGGCAGGGUGUGUUAUUCAAACGCCCGGAGUCCGGCACGCACUCGUCGCCUUUCGCCGUGCUUUGGCUAUGCACGGAGCCUCGAGAUUCGUAAGACGCCAAAGUGUUACCCAAAGUGGGAUGCUUGCACUGGAGGUGGGGCAACUGAAACAUCCACCCCUUCUGUUUUAUCGGUCCAACAGGUCUGCAAGUCUACUCGCCAAUCGAGAAAUCGGCGUAGGGUAUAAUCCCGUUGCGAGAUUUAUCCUGUUGAUGCAUUAAACAAAUUGCUACAACCGGGUGGUCCCGAGGCCUAACACUGCAGCUCGUACUGCCAUUUUCGCCGGUCGUGUGUUGCGUCCUAGGCUUUGCGGUGUGCGACGUCAAACCGUAAACUUCUGCAAUAGAAGCCACUCGGCGUACGUUUUAAGUCUCGAGUCAGUCGUUCGAGGUUUAUUAACCGGUAGUGCCGUUGGUGGUAACGCUGUUCUGUACUAAUGUGUAGUUAUUGUGCAUUUUGACUCCUUAUGAUUAAUUAUAUACUUGAAUCUGUCCAUAGAUCUUUUAAAUACAUUUUUCAGACUUGACAUCUGGUUGCAGAUCAUUCGCUGUCGACAGUUAUCCGAGGCCACGUUCAAGAAAGUACUUUCCGUACCAUAAGUGUUUGCAAGUGCUGCCUUAAGGUCAGACAUUUGCAAGUGAAUAUGACCGACCGCGGUACUACCGUUUAUUGCUGUUUAUGACGAACUGGUUGCUAUGGCAACAAAGGUCUGUGCAAUGCGUCGUGGUAGAACGCAAGGCAUCUUAAUGCAGUCAGCUAUGCUCAAAUUUAAAGGUCUUAACCAGCCUCUACAGGCUACUGCAGCAUCUCACUGAUUUGCAUUGCUCAGAUAAUAUGAUUUUCUGAUGUACAGAACCUUGUGUAAUAGGACAGUACAGUCAACUGGCAACUAGUUGAGAGAAAUGUUGGAGUUGGAUAGGUCAGAUGUGGCCAAGUGCCUGACUGCCAAAUGUAAAUCAGAAACUGCUUUAUGUAUGUAUGUAAAAUAUGAGUGCCACAAUACCUUUUCAGCCAAGUGUUUCUUUUGCAUGUAUACAUAUACCAAGCCUCGCUAACAAGGUUUGUUUGCUAACGAAUGAUGCGUCGCUCCUCUGAAUGAAAUAAAAACAUUGCAUCAAAGGAGCUACAAAGCUUUGUCAUAAAAAUAGCGAAUGCACGUGCAUACUGAACUAUUCAAUCAGCGUUUCGUAUCGUCCCGUCUUUGGUCUCGGGUUCUGAACAUACAGUGGUUUAUAUACAACCCCCAACAGCCUCACAAAAUAUUUGUCAGUUCUGCAGAAAUGUGAAAUACUAUCUUAUCCUUCCAAAAUUAUUUUUGUUUAGCGCCUAAUAAAAACAAACUAAAACAGACAGUAUAUU